CGCGUUUCGUCUGUCCGCUUCCACCCAGUCCGGCACCGUCCCCGAAUCGCAGAAUGCCCCUCCUGACGCAGCACCACGCCGAGCCAACCUCCACAAUGGGAUGAGAUGAACAAUCCUCAACGACCAGUCGGCCGCACCGAACCCCUUCCAAUCUGAACCUGGCUGAGAACGGCCGUCUUUGAUGCUGGCGGUUUUUUAGGCACGUGCCCGAGCCCCUGCCCCUGACUGCCGACAUAGCAUGCCCGCCAUGUUGCUCCUCCACCAAACCGGCAGCGUCAAGAUUGGCGAGGUGGUCCGCUACACCGUAACCUACAAGCCCUCGGCCGACCACAUCCUUCCGUCUCCCGAGUGCCUUUACCUGCGCAUCAAGAACACUUGCGCCAUCGCUCUCCGCGCCGCCUUCGUCCACGGCCCCUACACACUGUCGGCUGCUGCAUAUCCCUCGACAUUCAGGCCAUUCGAAAAAUUCGAAAACCCCCGUCGCUAUGGCGUCCCCGAGUUCGAACCCAUGCUCAAGGCCGGCGCCGUCUGGAACUGUCACCUGGUGGUACCUGACAACAUCCGGCAGAGCGCCGGCGAGGGCAGCAGCAAACACGGGCACUUUGGGGGGGGACCCGACCAUGAUGCGGACACAGUGUCGUGGGUCAUAGAGGUUGCCUCGCAGGUCAUCUUCUCCAGCUCAGCAUCGGUGCACUACGAGAUUUUGUUGUCGCGCGACGAGAAGUCAUUGAAUCUCGGAUCUGCGGUGCCAGUCAUUGGGGGGCAAGUUCAAAUGUCCCAGCCAGGCCGUGUGAGCGAUUUCCAGCAGAGUCCCGGCGCAGUGAAGGACCACCCAGCCCAGCCGAAGGGCGUGUUCUCCAAAGCCAUACACCUCAAGGUGGAGGACACGGCGGCUUUGUGGAAUACUCCCGAGGUGCCAGGCUGGCACGAUGUGGGAUGGCUCCGAGCCAGGGAAGACGAGCUUGCCGAUACGCAGAACGAGCCUGUUUUGGAGAGCGGAAAGUCCGAAGAGCCAGGGCGGCUGGCAAGAGUCAGGCAGAAGAGGGUUCAUCUCGUUGUGCUCACACACGGGUUGCACAGCAAUCUCGGCGGUGACAUGCUGUUCCUCAAGGAGAGCAUAGAUGCUGCCGCCAAGCAGGCAAGGAUCGACGCGAAAGCGCGCAAAGCAAGGGAGCGAGCUGCGAGAAAGCCUGCAACUCCUGAAACCAAUGCGCCCGUGGAUGGCUCUCAAGAAACCAAUCAACCUUCGCCCCCUGUUUCUCCCCCAGGGCCGGACGCAGAUAACGCUGACCAACAGGGGGCCGGCGACCGGGAAGAGGAUCUAACUGAUGACGACGGUGAGGAGGUCAUUGUCCGUGGCUUCACUCAAAAUGCGACAAAGACCGAAAGGGGCAUCAAGUACCUGGGAAAACGCCUUGCCAGAUAUAUCUUGUUGAUGACCUACCCGGACCAGCCAUGCUUGCCGACCGCCAAAGCAGCUUCCGAGGCCAUUGCCCACUCGCUCAAGUCGAGCGCACAGAAGAAGGCUAUGGAAGAGGCACACAAGCAUAGUUCUGUUCAUCAUACGCCUCCACCGGGGGGUAAGCGACUGUACAAAUUCACCAAGAUCAGUUUCAUCGGUCACUCCCUGGGCGGGUUGGUACAAACCUAUGCUGUUGCGUACAUACAAAAGCACUCGCCGCAUUUUUUUGAUUUCAUUGAACCCGUCAACUUCAUCGCCUUGGCGUCGCCGUUCCUCGGCCUCAACCACGAGAACCCGCUCUAUGUGAAGUUUGCCUUGGAUUUCGGCCUAGUGGGGAGAACUGGUCAGGAUCUCGGGCUGACCUGGAGAGCCCCGACCAUCGCCCGCAACGGUUGGGGUGCACUCGUCAGUAAUCUUGGGGAACACGCGCAGAAGCGUGUAUACGGGGAGCCUCAGCCGGAGUCCAAGCCACUGCUUCGGAUCUUGCCCACCGGACCAGCUCAUAAGGCACUGAAAAAGUUCCGGAACAGAACAGUUUACUCGAAUGUGGUGAACGACGGCAUCGUGCCUCUCCGAACAAGCUGCCUCCUUUUCCUUGACUGGCAAGGCCUGGGACGUGUUGAAAAAGCUCGUCGAGAGGCUGGUCUUGUGGAAACAGUCGUUGGGUUUGGAUGGGCAGAGCUGACCGGCGCGACUGUCACGACCCCGAGGCUUGCGCCAUGGUCACCCGUAGAGACGGAGAGCAAGGACGGGAUUGACGGCACGGGCAAGACCACCCCAACAGGCCGAGAGGAUUCUCAUCAAGUUCCUCAACCACCGACCGAUGCCGUGUUGGAGGACGACCAGCAGAGUCUCAGAUCGAUGGCUAGCCCGUACCGGGAGACGCCACCUCCGGAGCUGCAACACCUUCAGAGCUCAAGUACAACCACGUCAAAUCCGUUUUCUUCUAUCUUCAAAUUAUUCCGCAGCGAGACGCCAAAGCCGCAACCACCAGCGUCUCCCAAAGUCACCAAGAUCUACCAGCGAGGUCAGACGCUCAAGGCGGGCGACUGGUCCGCCGCCGCCUCUGCUACCUCGUCCAAGGUCACGAGCGGAAGCGAAAUAACAGAAAAGCCUGAGAGCUUGUCGGCACCUCCGCGGACAACCAUUUUCGAAUCAGCAGGCGACCUACUUAAUCCAAAACUACCUCCUGUCGAAUUCCUCAUCGACCCAUCCAAACGGCCUAGGACCAUCUUCCACGACCGGGUGUACCACCCUGCGGACAUCCCUCCACCACCACUGAAGCAGCGGUCUUCAAGCCCGUUAACUCUGCGCCGCCGAACACCGACAACGAACUCCUCCCAGAAGACAGCCCAAAGCGAUAUAUCCUCGCCGGCCCCAUCCCAACCAACAGAUCUCGCAGUCACCAAUCCCUCCCGACAAUCCACGACCCCCAAACAAAGCACCUCCUCAACCAGCGAUGGAUCCACAGUCCACGGCCUCCCCCUGUACAGCCCGCCUCCCGGCAGCAGCAACGCCACCGACAUGCCACCCGAAGUCGACAUUGACACCUCCCAGAUGCGCGUCGAAGAAAAGAUUGCCCGCGCCUACCACCGCGACCUGUCCUGGCGCAAGGUCCUCGUCAAGCUCGAGCCAGAUGCGCACAACAACAUCAUUGUGCGCCGCACCUUCGCCAACGCGUUCGGCUGGCCCGUCGUCCAGCACCUCGUCGAGGCGCACUUCUCGGACGCCGUCACGGCGCGCUGCCGGGACGAGGACGAGCCUGACGUCGAGAGGGCGAGGGAUGUUCGGCUGGCGCCGGGGGAGGACGGCCGGGAGACUAAGCGGGGUGGGAAGGGGCUUAACGCGAGAGGGGAAACGAAGGAGGGGGAGGAGGGGCAGGGGGAGGGGGAGUGGGAGAGUGGCGACACGGUGCCGGAGUUGCCGAAAAGUCCGCAGCUCUCUCCGUCUUUGGUUGGGGGUGGUGGUGGGAAUGGGCUUGGCGUGCCUGCUACAGCCGAGACGCCGCCGGCCCGGACGGCGCCGACUUCUCCACGCCCGCCGCUGAAUAGGCUUGAUUCGGUCACUUGGAGCGACCGGGAUUGGGUGGAUAGUGAGGAUGAGAGCGACGAAGGCGGGAGUGGGAGUGGUGAGAAAAACCAGGGUGGAGGUUUUGGCAUACCGGUUAGCGGUGGUGAGAAGAGCUCGAGUCCAGUGAUGUGGAACUGGACGGAGAAGAUUGUGGGAAAGGGGGCGAGCCGGCUUAAGUCAGCUGUUGGUGGUGGUGGCUCUGGAACCGGGCCUGAGGCUGGCAAGAAGUAAAGUAAUCAACUCCUGACUGGGCAAUGGUUCGUGUUAUGUGGUUAACUCGGGCUUCACAGGGUGUGUCGGUGUUGGGUCGUUUCGGAUAGUGGAUGGGUUCCUGGAGGCGCGGUUCAUAGAGAUGAAUAGAUCUGCAUAUCGAUCGUGGUUUAGCUAGGUCGUGUCAGCUUUCAUUCCGUCUCAUCCACUGAUGCCUUGAGAUUUGGAGGAACUGAGCAGUUAAGAUAACUUAG